UUGUCUUUUUGAUAUUCUCAAUUAUAAUAUUAACUUUCCAGCAAAACACAAUCCAUCAAGAAAGCAUCUUAGUAUCAAGCCACCUUAUGAUUUAUAAAUGUCCAACCAACUCAGCUAAGCAAUGAACAUUUUACUCCAAACACCAUCAUCAUCAUGGGCCUCAUCGUCAUCAUCAUUGCAUUGGUCAUGGUCAUGGUAGUUGCAUCAUCACCGUCCGAUCAAACAAAUGUCCUCACUCCUCUUUGCAUCAGCGAAUGCUCCACGUGUCCCACCAUUUGCUCUCCUCCGCCCUCUAAACCCUCUCCCUCCAUGUCACCACCUCCGUCUCCCUCAUUGCCGUUAUCCUCUUCGCCACCGCCUCCUCCGCCACACAAACACUCUCCACCACCGCUUUCACAAUCGCUUUCACCACCGCCGUUAAUUACCGUCAUCCAUCCACCACCACCACGGUUUUACUAUUUCGAGUCCACACCACCUCCUCCACCGCUAUCUCCCGAUGGAAAAGGUUCACCACCAUCAGUACCAUCGUCACCACCGUCGCCAAAGGGACAGUCACAAGGGCAGCAGCAACCUCCUUAUCCAUUUCCUUAUUUCUAUUUCUACACGGCAUCAAAUGCAACUCUUCUCUUUUCUUCUUCAUUCUUGAUUGCUCUUGUUGUAUCUUCUCUAUCUAUUUUUCUUAACGGUUCGUUAGUGUAAAAGACUCUUCUAUAUUUUGUAUACUUAUUAAUAUUGUUUAUUCAUUUUUUUUUGGUGUAAUAUAAGAUUUACUUUUUCAUCAAUGGAC